AUGGACAGGGAGCCCCUCUCAGUCCUUUGUACUCCUGCUAUGGUGGUCGAUGUGGACAAAGUGAAGAAAAAUGCCCAGAGGAUGAUUGAAAAGUGUGAGAAGCUAGGAGUUAAGCUUCGCCCACAUAUGAAGACCCACAAAACCAUUGAGUGUGCUGACAUAAUGACGGGGGGUUCACGACGAUGCAUUGUGGUUUCCACCCUGGCAGAGGCCUGCUUUUUUGCUGACCAUGGAUUCGAUGACAUCCUCUAUGCUUACUCUCUACCUUUUGAUAAGGUGGAGCGUUGUGCUAUCUUGUCAGAGAGACUGGAGCUCUUUCAAGUUUUACUGGACCAUCCUGAUGCUCUGGAGCAGCUCAAAAAACGACCACUCAAAGGCGGUCGACUGUGGCAUGUCUGGUUGAAACUAGACUGUGGCAAUGGCAGAGCCGGCAUCCUGCAUUCAGAACCUGAGGCGCUCAGACUGGCGCAAUCCAUUGCUGAAGCGGCAGGUGUGCAGCUAACUGGAGUUUAUGCUCACUGUGGAAACACCUAUAACUGCAGAGGAGUCCAGGAAAUUCAGACUGUUGCGAAGGACACCACCAGAUUUACUCUGCAGUUCAUGGAAAAGUUAAAGAUUGCUGGCAUCACCUGCAAGUCCAGCAUUGGCUCCACACCCUCCUGUAGUCACCCAGGCCAAGACAUGGCACAACUUAGCGAGGUGCAUCCAGGAAACUAUGUCUUCUAUGAUGUUCAGCAGUCUAUCAUUGGCUCAUGCAGCGUGGAAGACAUUGCUGUGCGGGUUUUAACAAGAGUCAUUGGCCACUGUCCUCACAGGAACCAGCUACUGAUUGACUGUGGUUGGACUGGGUUAAGUUUGGAUGGUGCUGGGAAACUUCCAACCGGAUAUGCUGUAAUCGAAGGGCAUCCGGACCUCAAACUGUUGUCCAUGACUCAGGAGCAUGGAAGAGUGGAGCCCCUUUCAGGAAAGCUGGAUUACAGCAUGUACCCACUGGGUUCUCUGCUCACACUGAUUCCAUACCAUUCAUGUGCAACAGCAGCGAUGCAUCCUGUGUAUCAUGUGCACUCAGAGGGCAUUCUCACGGGCAAGUGGAAACCAACACGUGGAUGGUGA